AUGGUUGAGGGGACCUUCAUGGUCUUUCGGUACUUUCUCAACCACCCUGCUAGUGGAACGGGAAUCAUGCCUCUUAUUGUUUACACAAGAAACCUAAUAGGCCACGAAAUAUCACCUCAAUUGAUGAAAUUUGCUAUAGCGGCACAGAUGAAUUUGUUUGGCGGAUUCCCCAGGGAAAGGGAUAUUGUGCCUAGUGCGAUUAUGGUCGGCCUAUUUAGCGUGCUAGCCAUUGCUCAUGCUUUGGUAUUUGCUUUGAAUUACUCUAGAGGACACUACUUUUGGAUUUCAAUCAUCUGGAGCUGGAAUUGUGUUCUUCGAAUCUUGGGAUUCGCUUUGAGAAUCGUAUGGGUCAAGAAUGUGCCGAAUGUUCCCGCCGCUUUGACCAGUGAGUUGUUUUUAAUCCUUCCGUCGGUUAUUCUUGUCACAUUCAACUUGAUUCUUGCCCAAAGAAUCUUUACUUGGAGACACCCUGUUGGUGGUUCCAGAAGGCUCUUCUGGGGGGUCAUGCUCACACUCUACGGAGUCGUCUUACUAGUUAUUGCAAUGACUAUUCCUGCUGCUUUUGUGCCAUUUAUUCAUUUCUUAAGCAUACUGGCAUAUGAGCUGUGGAAGCAAGUCAACAUGGUUUCUUCGGUACUUAUCAUUUUAUAUUCCCUAACAUCCAUCUCGUUGCUUGGGUUGGCAUACUUCUUUCAACCAACUAGAAAAGACGAGAACUUGUAUACCUACCAACCGUGGUGGAUUGAGUCCUUCAGUCCUUUCUACUUUGUGAAGAAAAAUGCCGCCCGAGAGGCAGAGGAGACGUUCAUGAAGCGGAACUCCAAUCACAGACAUGCCAUUCGUGUGAUCGCCGCUACUCAUCACCACUAUAAUAUGGUGGAGGGUCUUACAAAUCAAAGAGGUGUGCUCAAACAUAACAAGUCCUUACUCAUUGUAUCAGUGAGCACUAUUUUAAUUUUCGUUGGGGCUCUAUUUCGGAGUAUCACCAUUUUUCAAAACAAAACGAACUACGAUAGCAGCUGGGUAUGUGACUACCGACUCUUAAUCGUUAUCUACGGUGGGUUCGAGGCAUUCAUUAAUGUUCUCUACCUCGUGGGUAGGGUGGAUCUUAGAUUUUACCGUCCAGACAGACUCCCAGCCAAAGUCAGGGCUAUCAUCACCGCAGAGCAGACAUUUUUCAACUCGCCAGUCACAAGUGAAGAUGAGGAUGAUGAUGCCAUUUCCUCUGGAAGUGACGGUUACUCAAAAACUGACUCUUUCUCGGAUCAGGGCUCUUUUGAGUUUAUUGAAACUGCUAUUCCUUCAGAGAGUGUAAGUGAUAAGCACGUACUCACGAAAAAUGAAUUUGAGAGAGGGGUCGAUGACUUGAGAUCGGAUAGUUCAAGCACUGUAUCCGAUUUUCAAUUUUAG